UCCGCUCUUCCCCAGACGAGGGACACACGGAGGAGCACACGGACUGGGGAUAUCGCAGGCAAAGUUGUUGAAUGUGUGUCUACCGCACGAGCUUUUGUUUUCAUUGUUGUAUCUACAGCUUUUAUUAUUGGCUACCGUGUGUCAGGUAGCUAAGCUAGCUGUAAACCGGCUAUUUGUUCCAUCAGGUGCGGGUCGUGUCUUUGCUCCACACUUCCCGGUGGAAAGCCGGAAUAAUUUAGUUCCUUUCAGCGGGCCUCCCUCCUCAGAGCCCCGAGUCGUACCGCCACCCGCCGCCAGCCAGCUACUCGCACCCACCAAAGGCGCCGAAAUUGGGCGAAUAGCGAGCAAAUACGUCCGCGUUUCUCUACCCGCUCCCCCGCCGACCUCCCCUCCUCACUCCCCGGCGCUGACAGCGGACAAGGCCGAGGUCGCAGCAGAGCAGGCCCGGCCGCCGAGGCUCGACCGGUCCACCCCACCUCCGCAUCCCACCACACCUCAGCAGCAGUCCAGAACCUGGUUCCCAUCCGACCCGGCCUCGGGCGACGUCGACUGCAACCGAGAGAGUAGGGAGACCCGCAUCGCAACGACAAAAGCUGCAAACAUGAACCACCACCACCACCACACGCAGCAGCAGCAGCAGCAGAAAGCCGGCGAGCAGCAGCUCAGUGAACCAGAGGAUAUGGAAAUGGAAGCUGGGGACACAGACGACCCUCCAAGAAUUCCGGCCAACCCAGUAAUCAAUGGUAACAUGGCCAUGGCAGACGGACACAAUAACACAGAGGAGGAUAUGGAGGAUGGUGAGGAGGACACUAGUUGGCGGUCAGAAGCAACCUUUAGGUUUGUGGUGGAGCGCUUCAGCCGCCUCAGUGAAUCAGUUCUCAGCCCCUCCUGCUUUGUCCGCAAUCUCCCAUGGAAGAUCAUGGUGAUGCCACGCUUCUACCCUGACCGGCCACACCAGAAGAGUGUGGGCUUCUUCUUGCAGUGCAAUGCAGAAUCAGACUCAACGUCAUGGUCGUGCCAUGCACAGGCCAUGCUAAAGAUUAUCAACUACAAAGACGAUGAGAAGUCGUUCAGUCGCAGGAUUGGUCACCUGUUCUUCCACAAAGAGAAUGACUGGGGCUUUUCCAACUUCAUGUCCUGGAGUGAUGUCACCGACCCAGAGAGGGGAUUUAUUGAUGACGACAAAGUCACAUUUGAGGUUUACGUCCAGGCAGAUGCCCCACACGGAGUGGCCUGGGACUCAAAGAAACACACAGGCUAUGUAGGACUCAAGAACCAAGGAGCUACCUGCUACAUGAACAGCCUACUACAGACACUCUUUUUCACCAACCAACUACGUCGGGCAGUGUACAUGAUGCCCACAGAGGGAGACGACUCAUCCAAGAGCGUUCCUCUGGCACUGCAGAGGGUUUUCUAUGAGCUGCAACACAGCGACAAGCCUGUUGGCACAAAGAAACUCACAAAGUCCUUUGGGUGGGAAACGCUAGAUAGUUUCAUGCAACAUGAUGUUCAAGAGCUCUGCAGGGUGCUCCUUGACAAUGUGGAGAACAAAAUGAAAGGAACUUGCGUAGAGGGAACAAUCCCUAAACUCUUCAGGGGAAAGAUGGUGUCAUACAUCCAGUGCAAGCAUGUGGACUACCGAUCGGAGCGGAUAGAGGAUUACUAUGACAUCCAGCUUAGCAUAAAAGGAAAGAAGAACAUUUUUGAGUCAUUCAAGGAUUAUGUCGCAACUGAACAGUUAGAUGGGGACAACAAAUAUGAUGCAGGAGAGCAUGGCCUGCAGGAAGCUGAAAAAGGAGUGAAGUUUCUCACCUUUCCACCAAUCCUUCACCUGCAGCUGAUGAGGUUCAUGUAUGACCCACAGACUGACCAAAACAUCAAGAUUAAUGACAGGUUUGAGUUUCCAGAUCAAUUACCGCUGGAUGACUUCCUUCAGAAGCCAGACUCCAAGGACCCGGCCAACUACAUCCUGCACGCUGUGCUCGUGCACAGCGGGGACAACCAUGGCGGUCACUACGUCGUCUAUCUUAACCCCAAGGGAGACGGCAAAGUGAGUGUCAAGGAACCAAUAUGGUGCAAGUUUGACGAUGACGUUGUGUCACGCUGUACCAAGGAGGAGGCCAUUGAGCACAACUAUGGUGGACACGAUGAUGACCUCUCAGUUCGCCACUGCACCAACGCGUACAUGUUGGUCUACAUUCGGGAGUCUAAGCUCAGUGAGGUGCUCCUACCCAUGACUGACGUGGACAUACCCCAGCAGCUGGUGGAACGUCUGCAGGAGGAGAAGAGGGUGGAGGCACAGAAGAGGAAGGAGCGUCAAGAGGCUCAUCUCUACAUGCAAGUUCAGAUGGUGACAGAGGACCAGUUCUGUGGUCAUCAGGGAAAUGACAUGUAUGAUGAGGAGAAGGUGAAAUACACAGUCUUUAAAGUCCUGAAGAGCUCCACGCUGCAAGAGUUUGUCCAGAACCUCUCCCAGACCAUGGGUUUCCCACAGGAGCAGAUGAGGUUGUGGCCCAUGCAAGCCCGCAGCAACGGAACUAAGCGGCCCGCUAUGCUCGACUACGAGGCUGACUGCAACAAGUCGAUGAUUGGCUUGAGUGACAAUGAGAAUCCAUGGACAAUAUUUCUGGAGACAGUGGAUCCCGAACUGGCAGCCAGUGGGGCCACGCUACCCAAGUUUGACAAAGAUCGUGAUGUCAUGUUGUUCUUGAAGAUGUAUGACCCCAAAACAAGAAGCUUAAAUUAUUGUGGACAUAUCUACACACCUAUAUCCUGCAAAAUAAGAGACCUGCUACCAGUCAUGUGUGAGCGAGCAGGCUUUCAGCAGGAAACUAGCCUUAUCCUCUAUGAGGAAGUAAAGCCCAAUCUAACAGAGCGGAUUCAGGACUAUGAUGUCUCUCUGGACAAGGCCCUGGAUGAACUCAUGGACGGGGACAUCAUUGUCUUCCAGAAGGACGACCCAGAGAACGACAGCAGUGAGCUGCCAACGGCCAAGGAGUAUUUCCGAGACCUCUACUACCGAGUAGAUGUCAUUUUCUGUGACAAGACCAUCCACAAUGAUCCAGGCUUUGUGGUCACGCUGUCCAACCGCAUGAACUAUUUUCAGGUGGCGAAGACGGUAGCGCAGAGGUUGAAUACAGAUCCCAUGCUGCUGCAGUUCUUUAAGUCACAGGGGUACAGGGACGGUCCAGGGAAUCCUCUCAGACACAACUAUGAGGGAACGCUGCGGGACCUGCUGCAAUUCUUUAAACCUCGGCAGCCCAAGAAACUCUACUAUCAGCAGUUGAAAAUGAAGAUCACUGACUUCGAAAACAGGAGGAGUUUUAAAUCCAUAUGGCUCAACAGCCAGUUCAGAGAGGAGGAGAUCACCCUCUACCCUGACAAACACGGUUGUGUUCGCGACCUGUUGGAUGAAUGUAAAAAGGCAGUGGAGCUCUCCGAAAAAGGAUCCGAGAAGCUUAGGCUGUUAGAGAUAGUAAGCUAUAAAAUCAUUGGGGUUCACCAGGAGGACGAGCUUCUAGAAUGUUUAUCUCCAGCUGCCAGUCGCACCUUCAGAAUAGAGGAGAUUCCUGUGGACCAGGUGGAUCUGGACAAGGAAAGCGAGCUUCUUAUCCCUGUCGCUCAUUUCCACAAGGAAGUUUUCGGCACGUUUGGGAUACCCUUCUUGCUCAAAAUUAGACAGGGUGAGUCUUUUCGAGAGGUGAUGAGGAGGAUCCAGACAAUGUUGGAGAUCCAAGAGAAAGAAUUUGAGAAGUUCAAGUUUGCUAUUGUGAUGAUGGGUCGACAUCAGUACAUCACUGAAGACGAGUACGAGGUCAACCUGAAGGACUUUGAACCACAGCCAGGAAACAUGUCACACCCGCGCCCAUGGCUCGGCUUGGAUCAUUUCAACAAAGCUCCAAAGAGAGGUCGCUAUACCUACCUGGAGAAAGCAAUCAAAAUCCACAACUAAAGCAGCCCGCCGUCCUUCCUCUUCCUCCCUGCCUCCUUCUCACCAUAACUGACUGUAACCAACCUCACGUGUGUGCGCUUGAGUGAGUGAGUGUGUGUGUGUGUGCGCGUGUAUGUGGGCUCUCGUAUGUGUGCGCAUCACUUUCAGCCCCCCGCCUGGACACAAGUGAGCUCUGCACUGGCUCUUGUCUUCAGCCCAUCUUGCUGCAGCUGAUGGAUUCUCCUUCAACUCCAACAUAAACAGCAACAACAACUUUGCUUUUUGCUUCCCCCCUCCCCUUUUUUUGGGGAGGGGGGGUCUUUUUUUCUUUUUUUUUUUUCUUUAAGCCAUGCCCCUCUUUAAUUAAAUUUUCUUUCUCUCUGGCUUCUCUUAACUGUUGACUGCCUCUGUUGUUGCCUGGAAGUGGCAGAAAUUAGGAUUUUAAUAAGUGGAGAAGUGCGACACGAUGAAAUAUUAUACUAUAAUGUAUAUAUCUAUAUAAAUAUACAUAAAGUUCUAGACUUAAUUUCUCCCUCAUCUGCCUCACUUUUUUUUUAGGGGGUGAGGGUGGGUGGAUUUUAAAUGAAGAUUUGCUGCUGUGAGGAGAGCUGAGUAGAAGUACAUUUGCGAGGACUAAUUGGCAGGGAGGAUGAAGAAUUUCUCCACAACAAAACAGCUGGGAACUGUUGGCAUCAAUCUUUUUACGCAGCCCGAGUGUGCUUACAUUUUUUGCUCUCGCCCCUUUUAGUGCAACAACAACGAAUUUAAGUAUUUCCACGUUUACGCACAGUUGUCUCACUUAGUUUUGUUGGGAGGAUUUUUUGUUUUUGAUCUCUUUCUGCAAAACUUGUAUUAUCAUAUAGUAAUAAGAAUCUGCAAAUGUUUAAAGAAAAAAAAAAUAAAACGGGGUUAAAAAUGAGGAAGAAAUUUGUCUGUAUUUCAUCUUGCACGCUGGCACUUAACAUCAGAGAGUUCUCAGGACUGGAAAAUGUUUGGAUUUUUGGGGUGACGCAGAGUCCCUGGGUUUCUCUUGUUUGAUAUUUGGCCGCUUUCUCAGUCAUUCCUCCCAUGGAGCACCAAAGCAGCUCUGUCAUCUCUCCAUCCAUCUCUCACUUCCUCUCAUCUGCUCUGUGUAAGUGUCUCCCCUUGGUGGUUAGGAGCAGUAAGCGCACUGUGCUGGUGUGAUCGGGAGCAGCAGACUUGUAGAGUUGGCACGUUUGAGGAUUGUGUAGUUAAAAACCAGCAUUUGAAAGAAACGCACCCUAACGAUUAUUUUUUUUUUUUGACAGCACAGAUGGAAUGCUCAGUGCAUAGAGCGGCUCUGUAAAGACUACAUUUAAGAAUUGUAUAUUUAAAAAUAUGAACAUGUAAAAUUUUAAGAGAAACGCCUUUUUGUGGGGUACAGAAGGAGCCAGUUGUUCAUAUUUCGUGUGUAGGUUUCCCACCCCCCCACCCCUUUGUGUUCCUGAUGUACCAUUGACAAUUAUUUUCUGUUACAUUUUCAUUUGUUUUCCAAACUAACUGCAUCAGUUUUGUCUCGUCUCAAAGUGCAGUACAAAGAUUACCUGCAGAAUCACGCGUCUUUUUUUUUUUUCCCCCCCCUCCCCCCCAAUUGAAAAUCCUCAGUGUAGCAGCAGUGUACGACAACUAUUCCUGUAUAUUGCCUUUUUGCUGGAAAAUGUAUGUUGAAUAAAAUUUUCUACAAAAGA